AUUCAUGCACAUAAUUCUCCUCAAGCUCACAUCUUCGUCAUUCUGAUAUCGGUUCUGGUGAAGACAAGAUUCCGUCGAACCCAACCUCAGAUAUUGGCCAUAACCUGGAGAAUUUGAAGAUAUAUCUAAACAUGGGCGACCAUUACAUGCACCUCUCCCCUAGCCAUCACACACAGGACGAAUUCUACAACGAAAGUACUCUACAUAUUCGAGCCCAGUCGACUGGACCAUUAACGACAGCUGUUGUAUGCACCACUUCUGACACGAUAAAUACAUAUUCCUCGGUUGCCCCCUUUAGUUACUCUUUGAGCUACGAUUCCUCUCUCCCAACACCAGUAUCUGUCGUCGGCUCGCCAUCUUCGUCGGACAAAGCCUCAAUCAAGAUGGAACACUCGUUCAGCAACACUGGGAUUGAUUCCCAACAACCAACCCCUCCCGGCACCGCACGUCCUACUACUUCAGAUUGGUUCAACAACAACCAGAACCACUCAGCAAUCCGCACUACUCAGUCAUCGUCACCAAUGAACCUCAAUCCUUCCGCGGGCCUCCUUGGAAUGCACGGCCUUGGAAGCACACACUCUUCAGCCCAAACAAACAUCCCAGCAUCAUCUGGAGAUUAUUACUUUGGAUCUUACGGUAUACCGCACCCAGAUCCUCAGGACGAUAUGUCGCCACCAAUAGCUUCUUCAGUUUUGUUCCCAACUACACCUCACGUGAAUCCCUCAGCGCUCCUCAGGAGCUAUCCACUACCUUCAAAUUCACAUGUGCCGUUGGCGCCAGCACCACAAGUACCUAUCCUAGGCUCAACAACUUACCCCGGGGUCCAUGGUACACCAAUUACUCCUAUAGAAGGUAUUAAUCAUUUCGGACCUCUAAUGAUAGGAGUACAUCCUUCACAUAAGAGGAAUCCACGGAAACAGAACAGUAAACGCGGGCAGAUCAGGAAACGGCCACGAGGCAACAUCCGAAGGCAGCUGAGUCGCAAUAAUCCAGAAGAUUUCGACGAAAAUGACGAGGAGCGUUCCAACGACGAGUUUUCCCCUGUUCGUCAUGUAGAGCAAGAGCAAAAGUCACGACCUAAACUUCAGCUCCGUCCUGAUCCAUCAAAGCCCGAAGACAUGUUUGUGUUCAACCUUCGAGAAGAUUUGAUACAAUUCAAGGGGAAAGGUAUGUGGGAUAAGAUUGCAGAAAUAUAUGAACAACAUUAUGAGAAGAAGAACCGUGCCGCUCUUCAAAUGCAGCUUUCAAGAGCAGUUGCGAGGCUUGCCAUCUGGCCUGAGGAAGAGGAUAGAGCUCUUUUAGAAGCCAUUGCGGAAUACGAUAAACGCCGGUACUCAGAUCUCAUCAAGAUUAUGAAAGAGAAGGGUGGAUGCCGCUACUGGGAAUGGAAACCUGAGCAUAUCGCCAAAAGGUUGGCAGAACUUGGCGAAGAAGAAUUCGACCCCGAAACCAAGCCAAAAACGAUCCGGAGGCGUCGCAAGGAGACGCAGCGUCAACGCACACAGCAACCCAACCUUUGGAACCAGCCUAGCCCGCCUUCGGCCAUGUACGACGGACACGGUUUAAGUACGGAGACAAGAAUAAAUUUGACCGCUGAGCAAGAAGAGCAGCUUUUCAGAAACCUCUUUGAGCCUGAGCCUGAGUCCCCUGUUCCCGAGAAUACAGAGAUUUCUGAAUCAACACCACCGUCGCGACGAGUUAGCACUCACCAAGAGCUGAACCAGGCUCAAAGUGAGCGCGUAGCUAAGCAAGCGUGCGACAAAAUGAUUGCGAAACAACAACAACAACCACCACGACAACACGACAACAUGUCAUACUACAACAACCAGUUUGCAGGUUGAGAGGGCCGUCACCAUUUUUCUUAAAGCGCGCUAUUGUUACGUAUUGGUUUUAGAUGAUACCCCUACUUUCCAUAUGCAAUUAGAAAUUUGAUUAUAUAAGAGAAGCUGGAGGUGUCGAAGCUAGCCCGAUAUUUUAUCAGACCCAAAAUCACAGAAUCGAGCCAGCAAAUGGCCCAGAUAAGACGCUCCUUACAUUAAUAGGAGUAUUUCAGUCUGCACACGGAGUUAAGGC